AUGUCUUCGGAAACACUCGACCCAUACGGUCACGGCGCGACCACCAAGGCGCCUUCAUCCUCACCACCUGCCUCAAACUCAACCCCGUCGCCAUCCACGUCGAGCGCCACUACGGCUCCGUCGUCGACGGCGUCCCGCCGACCUCCGCGCAAAAGCACUCUGACCCAGCAGCAGAAGAACAAUAAACGGCAGCGGGCGACUCAGGAUCAGCUCGUGACUCUCGAAAUUGAGUUCAACAAGAACCCGACUCCGACUGCUGCGACGAGGGAACGCAUUGCGCAGGAUAUCAGCAUGACGGAGCGGUCGGUUCAGAUUUGGUUCCAGAACCGUCGUGCCAAGAUUAAGAUGCUCGCAAAGAAGAGCAUUGAGACUGGUGAGGGCUGUGACUCCAUCCCAGAGUCCAUGCGCCAUUACCUCGCGAUGCAGUUUGACCCGAGCAAGCCGGGUUCCGGGGAUUCCCUGGGGCAAUCGGGCGGUUUUGCUGCACCUGGCAGUAUGUAUGCCAACGAGAACCCGUCUGGCAAAGUUGUGAUCUCUCACUUCACCUGUCGAUCUUUGACCGUCGGAAGCUGGCGCCGCAUUGGCCAAAACGCGAUGGAUCUUGUCAUCUUCUACUCGCCCGACAAGGCCUGCAUGACGUACUAUAUCAACAAUGACUCUGCUGGCUAUAAAAUCGAGUACCCUUUUGCCUAUAUCAAGAACAUUACCUUGGAAACUGGUGGUGAUUCUGCCCCGGGCCCGAAUGGCGGGCCGCCUCGACCGAGUGGCCUUGUUGUGGAGCUGAACCGUCCGCCACUGUUCUACAUGGACUCCUCUAACUCUGGGGGAUUCUACCAGUGCGGCGACUUCACGGAAGAGCAGCAAGCUAGUCGUAUUAUGGUGCAUCAUCUAGGUGGCCACCCGAAAGUCUUGAGUGUCCAGUUGGCCAAACUGGUCUCACUCGAGUCCUUCCAGAACCGCCUGGCAUACAACAGCAGCAACAACAACAACAAUUCCGUUGCGAUGCAGGGGCCAAUGUCACCACCGUUUAUUCAACGUCCGGCUUCCCAACCCAAUCACUUUGCCAAUUCUGCCCCUUUCCUGGGCAUGUAUCAUGACACCCAUCAUUUGGGUAUCAUGAUGCCUCCUGCUGCCCGUGGUCAUAAGCGCCAACGAAGCCGUUCAGUGCCCGCGGCGAUUGACCUUUCGGCCCUUCAAGGCCCGACCUCUUCGUACCACCUUCCGCAGGCCCAGGCUGCGUUCAGCCACGCUGAUACUGGCAUCUACGCACCAGUUCCUCAAGCUGUGCACGCUCUUCCUACAGACCUGCGUCUCGAAAGUGACAGCUAUGGCCUCGAGUUCCGGAAUCCCAUGUCUGCUGCGACAACUGCAUCGCCAUCUGAUUUCGCGAGCCCGUCCAUGUUCAGCACCGCACAGGGAGAAUCAACGCCUGUUGCCAGCUUGGCUCCGUCAUUCAACCUGUCGUACGUCUCCUCCGGGCCGAACGACAAUUCCACUUUGGGCUCUCACACGGCGUCCCCAUACUCCAGUGUGAGCCCUGCGGAUCCGUUGAUUGCGAACCACUCGCCUCCCUUGUCGAACAUGUCACACUCGUCGUCUGAUAUGUACGGUUUCACGCAUGACCAACAAUCGCCCUUCGUUGACGAUGGCAUCUCAAUGAACGACAUGUAUUCCAAGCAGCAAGUAAACUUUGGUGUGUCGCAAGAUGCCCCCAGUUUCGAUCUUCCCAUGCAUGGGUUUACUGGGCACCCUUCACCUGCCCUGGGUGACUAUUCUCACCAGAACAUGGGGAACCUCGACGAUGUGAACUCACACGGGAUGCCCUCUGGGUCCUGA